AUGGCGAUGAACAAGAUCCGUGGCGCCUUUGCGGUGCCCCGGAAAGGAGAGACGUUUGAAUUGCGAUCUGGACUUGUCUCCCAAUAUGCUUACGAACGAAAGGAGUCUAUUCAAAAGACCAUUAUGGCCAUGACUCUAGGAAAAGACGUUUCGGCCCUCUUCCCCGACGUCCUCAAGAACAUCGCAACUUCUGAUUUAGAGCAGAAGAAACUGGUCUAUCUUUACCUCAUGAAUUACGCCAAAUCGCAUCCAGACCUCUGCAUCCUCGCCGUUAAUACAUUCGUACAGGACUCGGAAGACCCAAAUCCCCUCAUCCGAGCCCUCGCUAUACGUACAAUGGGCUGUAUUCGGGUGGACAAAAUGGUAGAUUAUAUGGAGGAGCCACUGCGCAAAACACUGCGUGACGAGUCGCCAUAUGUUCGCAAGACGGCUGCUAUAUGUGUGGCGAAGCUUUUUGAUCUCAACCCGGGAAUGUGCCUUGAGAACGGAUUCCUAGAGAUGCUACAGGAGAUGAUUGGCGACCCCAACCCAAUGGUCGUGGCCAACUCUGUGACAGCGCUCUCUGAAAUUCACCACGCCGCGCCUGAGAUGGAGGCUCUGAAAGUCACACCUAACACACUACGAAAAAUGCUGAUGGCAUUGAACGAGUGCACAGAAUGGGGAAGAGUGACCAUUUUGUCGACUCUCGCAGAAUACCGAGCGGUUGAUGUCAAAGAGUCUGAGCACAUCUGUGAACGAGUUGCGCCUCAAUUCCAGCAUGUGAAUGCUGCUGUAGUUCUUGCAGCUGUCAAGGCAGUCUUUCUCCACAUGAAAAAUGUUGGCCCGGAGCUGGCAAAGACAUACCUGAAGAAAAUGGCCCCUCCACUAGUGACGUUGGUUUCUUCGGCACCGGAAGUGCAAUACGUGGCUUUGCGCAACAUUGAUCUUCUCCUUCAGAAGCAGCCCGACAUUCUCAACAAGGAGCUUCGCGUGUUCUUCUGCAAAUAUAAUGAUCCGCAGUAUGUCAAGUUUCAGAAGUUGGAGAUCAUGGUUCGCAUCGCAAGCGAUCGGAACGUCGAUCAGCUCUUGGCUGAAUUGAAGGAGUACGCUCUUGAGGUCGAUAUGGAUUUUGUUCGACGUGCUGUGAAGGCAAUUGGUCAAGUCGCUAUCAAAAUUGAGAGCGCCAGCGAAAAGUGUGUUAACACGCUCUUGGACCUGAUUAAUACCAAGGUGAACUAUGUCGUCCAGGAAGCCAUCGUUGUCAUCAAGGAUAUCUUCCGUAAAUAUCCUGGAUACGAAGGCAUCAUCCCCACCCUGUGCCAGUGCAUCGAUGAACUGGAUGAGCCAAAUGCCAGAGCAGCUCUGAUCUGGAUCGUGGGUGAAUAUGCGGAGAAGAUCAGUAAUGCGGGUGACAUUUUGGGUGGUUUCGUGGAUGGUUUCAAUGAGGAGUUCUCUCAGACUCAACUCCAAAUUCUCACCGCUGUGGUCAAGCUCUUCCUGAAGCGGCCUGAGAAGGCCCAGGGUCUAGUUCAACGGGUUCUCCAGGCAGCUACUGCUGAGAACGACAACCCGGAUGUUCGCGACAGAGCAUAUAUCUACUGGCGUUUGCUGUCUAACACUAGUGACCCUAACGCCACAAAGAACAUUGUUCUUUCCGACAAGCCUCCCAUUGUCACUACCAUCUCUUCAUUACCGCCGACCCUUUUGGACCUGCUUCUCCAGGAGCUCUCCACGCUCUCUUCUGUAUACCACAAGCCUCCAGAGCAAUUUGUUGGACACGGCCGAUUCGGUGCCGAUGCAGUCCAGCGAGCCGCUAUCGAGGAACAACUGCAAAACGCACGUGAGAACCCAUUGGCUGCCGCAGCUGCCGCAGCAGUCAAUGGUACUACAGCCCCUGCACAGGCACAAAACGACGUCGAGAACCUGCUGGACAUUGAUUUCGACGGCGGUGCCCCGGCAUCCGCGCACCAGGAGCCAUCAGGUGGUAUGUCCGGUCUCGAGGGUCUGGCUGGUACUCCAGUUCGUGUGCAGUCUCCUGCAGUCGGUGCCCCCGCCGCACAAUCGAGCAACAAUCUGGACGACCUACUAGGUGUAUUUGGUGACUCCGGAGCUGCUCAGCCGUCAUCGAGCGCCAUUGGUGGAGCAGCUGGUGAUCUCAUGAAUGGGUUCUCUGGUCUUGAUAUCUCCGACAGCCCUGCUCCAGCCACGAACCAGCCCAGGACUAACGAGGAUAUCAUGUCUCUCUUUUAA